AGGUAGAAGGGCCUUUUUACAUAUUCAUAUUGCGAAAUACCUGGUUUAUGUCCUAAUUCUCAGAUAAGGAAUCUGCAGUGAUGGCCACCUGUCACUCCUCUAAACCCACAGAUCCAAUGGCUGUCCCACCUUCCUACAGCGACUUGGGGAAAUCUGCCAGGGAUGUGUUCAAUAAGGGCUAUGGAUUCGGAAUGGUCAAGCUAGAGCUGAAGACCAAGUCUUCCAGCGGAGUGGAAUUUACGGCAACUGGGUCUUCCAACACAGAUACUGGGAAGGCUUCGGGGAAUCUAGAGACCAAAUACAAGCUCAAAGACUGUGGACUUACGUUCACUCAGAAAUGGAACACGGACAACACGCUGGGAACAGAAGUGUCCGUGGAGGAUCAGUUGGCUGAAGGAUUGAAGGUGGCCCUCGACACUGUAUUCGUACCAAACACAGGGAAGAAGAGUGGAAAGUUGAAGACCUCCUACAAAAGAGAAUAUGUAAAUCUAGGCUGCAACAUAGACAUUGAUCUCUCUGGACCAACCAUCUACGGCUGGGCAGUGCUGGGCUACGAAGGUUGGCUUGCUGGCUACCAGAUGGCUUUCGAUACAGCCAAAUCUAAACUGUCACAAAAUAACUUUGCCUUGGGAUACAAGGCAGGAGACUUUCAGCUGCACACUAAUGUGAACGAUGGCACUGAGUUUGGUGGGUCAAUAUAUCAGAAGGUUAAUGAUAAGGUUGAGACAUCAGUAAAUCUUGCCUGGACUGCUGGGAGUAACAAUACACGGUUUGGGAUUGCUGCUAAGUACCAACUGGAUGAGAAGACUUCCGUUGUGGCUAAAGUGAAUAACGCCAGCCUGAUUGGACUUGGUUACACUCAUUCCCUUCGACCUGGUGUAAAGCUGACCCUCUCAGGUUUGAUUGACGGCAAGAAUUUCAGCGCUGGAGGUCACAAAGUUGGGCUAGGCUUCGAGCUGGAAGCUUAAUGCAGUUUUGAGGAAAGCAAGAGCUAGACCCCGACAUGAAGAAAAUGUAUCCCCAGAGGGUUUUGGCCUUAACAUUAUUCCGCUAUUUCAAAAAGUGUGAACUUUGACUCUUCCAAAGAAUUGCUUUUAACCCAACACUGAAGUCCAGAAGGUGCAAACACCUCCAAGGAAGAUACUUGAAGGCAUGCAUGGAAGUUGUAAUGUUUGUGCCACAUUUCAGUCUAGUUCCUCCUGUUUUAAUUGGGCUCCUAAAAACAGCAUCUUGUUACCAAGGAAGAACCCCCUACAUCUCCCCUCUAGUAUAUUGCAUCCUGCAUGUCUUAGACUUCACCACCUUUUAUAGAAAUUGUCUCCGUGUUGUAGUGGAAACGUUGGUUCUUCAUCAGAGCGAAAUAAAACCAGUCACAGUUGGAACAU